UCUGGUUAUAUAACGCUAUUUGUGCUACCAUGAAGGCUGGCGUUUAUGGAGCGCGUAGCGGCUGCAUUGUUCGCCGUCACAAAGAAGUUAUUGGUUACAAAUCAAUCGGUUUUAUGCGAAUCUCUCUGUCACCGACACACGUAAUAUAAAAUGGAUUUUUUUGCAGACACGGAAAGGAUUUUCUGUUUUAUUCGUACAUUAUUGUAUAAAUCAAUAGGAAAAUAUUGUUAAACAUGUAAGGAAGGUAUAAUCAGUGAAAUAACCGUGUUUACGAGUUUGGUUUAUUUUUUAUGUUAUACCAGUCGAAGUAUUGAAUAUCGGUUAUCUUUGCAAAAAAUUAUUUAGAAUAUUCAAUUUAUUAAAAUUGUUCCUGACUUUUAGUGAAGAAACCUAGGUGGAAUUCAAGGAUUUGCGAAAAACAGUUAAUACUUAAUAGACAAAAAAUGGACCCGUUUGAUGUAUACGCCACUCUGUAGUAUAGAGAUUAAUUGCAAAUGAUUGUACAUGCAGUGGAAUUUGUUUAAGCGUUUCAGGAUCACAGCUUAAACGCUACUUUGAACUUAAUUUACCGGUAGUUUAACAGGCGAUACUUACUUGCAUUCAAUUGUGUUUACGUUUUAAUUCAAAAGGUCGACAUCACAUAUAAAAUUUACAAUAACAUUUAUUUUUUCAAACAGUUUAAUUUUUGAAUUUCUGUAAACUUACAAAAAACAAGUUUACUUUAAAAAUUUUUUUAUUGAAACCGAAAUUGAAAUGAAAGGAAAUUCAUUAGAAAAAGGGACGCAUGACGAGGAUGAAAACGAGAUCCUUAAACAACAGGAUAAGGCAAUGGAGCAACAUGACGUGUCAUCAGCAGAGCACAAAGACCUUGACACCGGUUGGGCGUGGGUGGUUCUCUUUGCAUCGUUCGGAACGUUUUGUUUGCUCGGUACUUCUUUAUAUUCUGUUGGAAUCAUACAAUCGGUGUUACUACAAAAAUACAAAGAAAGCAUAACGUUGACGUCAUGGCCAGGGGCAGUUAACACGGCACUGAUGUCGCUCGGAGGUCCACUUUCAAGCGCUAUGGUUGAUCGUUUCAGUUGUAGAACGGCCAUCGUUUCAUCUGGUAUAUUCCUGACCAUUGGAUAUCUUGCUACAGGUUUUGCUACCAACAUUUACGUCGUCAUCUUUACAUACGGUUUCAUCGGAGGUAUUGGUGGAGCCCUCGGAUACACCGCAGCCUUGAUAGUUGUUGGCUUAAACUUCAGAAAACGCCGUCAUUUGGCUGUCGGCAUAGCGGUGGCGGGAGUCGGUGCAGGUUUGUUUGUGCUCGCACCUGUACUUCAGCUGUCACGUGACUAUUAUGGAUCUAGCGGAUUCUUCAUCAUCAUGGCGGCGAUGAUGGCAAACAUUUUAGUAUUCGGAACAUUGUGUUUUCCUAGUGAACUAGAAAAGGCUACUCAGCAACAACGAAAACAUGAGAUAAAAGUAGAUAAAACGAGGAAUAGUUUUUUGCAGUCUUUACAAUGUUAUCUGAGAGUUCUGUCAAAAGUACCCGUUAUACUAUUAUGUUUGUGUAUGUUCUGUUAUGUUCUGGGAGUACAGUUGAUAUACCAGCAUUUACCUAAUUUUAUCGUUGCUAAGGGGUUCACCGCAAUACAAGCAGCAUUCUUAGUGUCAUUGUCGGGUUUACUGACAAUUUUUGGUCGGGUACUCACUGGAAUCGUAGCAAACUUAAACCGGGUUAACUGUACGAUACUAUACUCAGGAUCAAUGGCCGUUGUUGCAAUUAUAUCAAUUAUAUACCCGUUCAUAGCCAAAAGUUUUGCAGGUCACGUGAUAUACAUGGUGGUGCUAGGACUGUUUUUUGGAUGUCCUUAUGUGACAAUAAUGGCAGUUACCUUGAAAUUUGUUGGCAUUAAUUUUAUAUCAGCUGCCAUAGGACUCCAAUACUGCGUUGCUGGUGUUGGGUCCAUUGUGGGACCAGUUCUAGCUGGGUUUCUAAUAGAUCAAGGAGGAUCGUAUGAACUAUCUAUACUAAUAGCAGCGUUUUGCAUUGCAUUCGCAUCAAUCUUCAGUGCCGCCACGGAAUGUUUUAAACCAAAGGAUAUACAAACGCCAUUAGAUACGGAAUUUGAAGUUGGUGAGAAAAUACGACAUUCCGAUGGACCAUGUGAACAUAGCAAAAUGUUGAAGGAAUAAAAACUUCCCAUCAAAGGCUACCAGAUACAUAUGAGAUUCGUUGGCAUCUUUGUUCCGGUCAUGACCGGUGCCCCGCUGGACGACCUUUCCAGUGGGAUUGUGUGGCUGAAUAAAUACCGGUGCUACUGUGCUUCAUUAACGUGAUUUCUUUUUUUAAAAUUUUCACUCUCAUAUCUGUUCACAUCUCAAUGUAUAUUUUAUAUAUCUUGCUCAAAAUUAUUUUUAUUACCUUUCAGUCUGUUUUUUUUUUACCAAAUUUAUUCUUUUCUUUUAGUUUUUGAAAAAUAAAAUGUGUGAGUGGAACUUUGUGCUUCAUGACAAUGUUUCAAAUAAUAAUAAUA